UAAAGUCCACAACUCAGAGGCCACAGAGUGAAUUUAUUUUGUUCAGUAGACAUGUGGUCUAAAAUAUAAAGCUAUCUUCAUUGUGCAAAGAGCUAAAUUCUGCAGGGUGUGCAGGCAGGGUAACAAAAUAAGUGAUAAGCUCUUAAUGACCAUGGUGGCCUUAAGUUGCCAAAGCCAUUUCAUAAUCUACAAGAAUUUUCGACAUGUGAAGUCCAGACCUUGUAUCUCAUGUGCAAUGCAGCCUUCUCAGAGCAAUAUCAAGGUAGUUAUAAAUGGAGCCGCCAAGGAGAUCGGAAGGGCAGCUGUAGUUGCAGUGACAAAUGCCAGAGGAAUGGAAGUAGCUGGAGCUGUGGAUUCUCACCUUGUUGGCCAAGACAUUGGGGAGGUAUGCGACAUGGAAGAGCCUCUGGAAAUACCAAUAAUCAACGAUCUUACCAUGAUAUUAGGCUCUAUAUCUCAGUUGAAAGCAACUGCAGUUGUCGUUGAUUUUACUGACCCUUCCAAAGUUUAUGACAAUGUGAAGCAGGCAACAGCAUUUGGCAUGAACAGUGUGGUCUAUGUUCCUCGCAUUAAACAAGAUACAGUAAUGGCAUUGUCUGCAUUUUGUGAGAAGGCCAGCAUGGGUUGUCUGGUUGCACCAACUCUUUCUAUAGGAUCUAUCUUACUCCAGCAAGCUGCAAUUCAGGCAUCCUUUCACUUCAAAAAUGUGGAGAUUGUUGAAUCAAGGUCAAAUCCGGGGGAUUUUCCAUCUCAAGCAGCAGUACAGAUUGCUAACAACCUCUCCGGCCUUGGUCAGAUCUAUAAUAAAGACGACCUUUCAACAGACAGCACAGCAAGGGGUCAAGUCGUAGGAGAAGAUGGUGUUCGAGUCCACAGCUUGGUUCUGCCGGGGCUCCCCUCUAGCACCACACUAUACUUCUCCAGACCAGGAGAGGUCUACACUCUUAAACACGACGUGACAGAUGUGCAGAGUCUUAUGCCAGGGCUAAUUCUCGCCAUUAGAAAAGUUGUGCGGCUUAAGAAUUUGGUGUAUGGCCUGGAGAAAUUUAUGUAAAAGCUCAAUCAAUCACCAAUGUGUUAAUUUCUUGUUGCUGCAUUAUUCAUGAGAAAACUAAAUGUUGUUAGAUGAAGGCAUGAUAAUUGAUAAAAUGUAGUAUUCUUUACCUUA